AUGUAUUCUAUUCUGCUAGAUGUCUGGCAUCAUGUCGAGUCCCUCAAGCCGGCUUUUAUUUCCAAAACGCCCCAUUUCAAUUUCAUUACUGUACAUUAUUUUUGGAUCAUAGGCAUGGCCCUCUUCGGUUCGAUAUGUCUCUACAUUCGCGGCGAAAUCAAAUAUAUCGAUGCCCUCUUCCUCGCGAGCGGUGCCUCGACGCAAUCUGGGUUGAACACUAUCAACAUCAAUCAACUUAAUACAUGGCAGCAAGUGGUUGUCUUCCUCAUUCCCAUGGCUACGAAUCCUAUUACCAUAAAUUCGUUCGUGGUGUUUCUCCGUUUAUAUUGGUUUGAGAAGAGGUUCCAACACAUAGCCAGGGAAGCGAGUAGGAAUCGCAGGAGUAUGGCGAAGUCGUUGAGUAAGGCGAGGACGGGGGAGAGGGAUCUGGAUGUGGAGGAGAGGGGCGUGGAUGGGAGGAAGAUUGUGGUUAUGCAUGAGAGUACGAGAGCCAAUGGGAUGACAGACGAGAGGGCGGUGGAGGGAAGUGUUGAGGAUCAGAUACGAGCCGAGAAAGAGAGGAUGCUGGAGCAGGAGAAAACGAGAAGUUCGAAUGAGAGUAGUAGUGAAGGAACGGGCAAGAAAGGGUUGAAUGGUGGAUCGGAAGAAGAGAAAGAGGAUGGACAGAGGCCACAGAUCAAGUUCGCGGACCAGGUCAAACCGAGUCAUGCCAGAGCUCCUUCGGGAGAUGAGAGGUUACCUGCACCGAGGAGGACCGAGGAGCAUAUCGCUAUCUUGGAAAGACAACGACAUGCGGAUGAUGGAGCUGUGUUGAGGAUUCCAGGACCCAGAGAUGCUGAUGCAGGUAUUGCUCCCCAGGCCGUGGACGACGCGGAUACAGUUCAUCAAACCAUCUCAAGGAGAGCCUCUACGUUUGAUUCGAGGCAGAGUCAGGACACAGCUCGCAAUCAAGAUGACCAGCAGGAGCGCCCUAGGAGAAACAUCACGAUUGCAGAACCUCAGCGUUCGCCUAUCCCUGUCACUGAACAUGUUGCCGAGGAUGCUACCGCUGCAAAGAACACUUUGUCGGCACUGAGGUUUCGGAAACCAAGAAUAUUCAAGAGUAAGCAUGAGAAGUUGCACGAGGAUCAUCAUGACUCUUCGCGAACCAGGACGAACACUUUGCAGACUAUCAGAUCUGCCCUAUCCCGGGACAAAGAAGAGACGAUGCCGUACCUGAGCUGGGAAGCCACGGUCGGACGAAACUCUAUGUUUGUGGACCUAACAGAAGAGCAGAGAGAAGAGUUGGGCGGCAUUGAGUACCGGUCAUUGAAAUCACUGGCUCUCAUCCUGACAUGUUAUUUCUGGGGAUUCUCUGUCUUCGGGAUGGUAUGUCUCACUCCAUGGAUAUAUACCACGAAGACCUAUGGCGUAAUUGUCGAGGGAGAUGGUCAAGGAAGAGGCUGGUGGGGUAUCUUCACAGCUAAUUCCGCUUUCACCGAUUUGGGAUAUACUCUCACGCCUGACAGCAUGAUCUCGUUUGGGACAGCCAUUUGGCCUCUGUUAUUGAUGUCAUUUCUGAUCAUCAUUGGCAAUACAGGAUUCCCAAUCAUGUUGCGAAUCAUCAUUUGGGUCACCUCAAAAUACGUGCCAAGAGAGAGUGGGAUCUGGGAGGAGCUGAAGUUUCUACUUGAUCAUCCCCGCCGAUGUUUUACUCUACUAUUCCCGGCAAAGGCUACCUGGUGGUUGUUCUGGAUUUUGGUGAUAUUGAACGGGCUGGACUUGAUUUUCUUUAUAAUCCUUGAUCUCGGCAAUUCAAUCGUCACUCAACUUCCAGUCAACAUUCGAGUCCUUGAUGGAUGGUUCCAAGCCGUUUCCACUCGCACUGCAGGAUUCGGCGUCGUCAAUCUUGCAGAGCUUCAUCCUGCCAUUCAAGUUUCAUACCUAAUCAUGAUGUAUAUAUCCGUCCUCCCGAUCGCUAUCUCCGUACGUCGAACCAAUGUGUACGAGGAAAAGUCGCUUGGCAUUUAUGGCAAUCAAGCAGAGGAGAACGAAGAUGAAGGAGAGCCAUCUUACGUUGGUGCCCAUUUGCGACGUCAAUUGUCCUUCGAUUUGUGGUACAUAUUUCUAGGCUUCUUUGUCAUCGCUAUUUCCGAAGGCACCAGAUUGCAAAGCGGCGAUCCAGCUUUCACUAUGUUCUCAGUCCUCUUCGAGGUCGUAUCUGCCUACGGAACCGUUGGACUAAGUCUAGGAUACACUAAUAUCGACGCCUCCUUCUCUGCCGAGUUUGGCGUCAUCGCGAAAUUGGUCAUAAUAGCCAUGCAAGUCCGUGGUCGACAUCGUGGUCUCCCUUAUGAGCUAGAUCGCGCUAUUCUCCUCCCUAGCGAACAUCUCCAAAGAAAAGAAGCAGAAACCGCAGCUGCGCAUGUCCGAAGACGAUCUUCGAUUGGUACAAUGGCUACAGCUGCACAAGUCAACUCUGGUGCGACAAAGACAAACAAGAGUGAGAGAAGCCGAUCAAGAGGAAGGAGUCCUCAACGUCAGGCCCAGAACUUCUUGAGCACGCUAUUACAUCCCGGACCUACGAUUCCAAACUCACAUCGCAAUAUUCACAAGGGUGAUCUGGCCUUUGAACGGACUCGCAGACACAGUAUCGCUGUCGCAAGCACUGUUAGAAAUGCGAGAAGUUUGAGUCCGAGAGCGUAUGGCACUAGUCUUAUGCUUGGAAGAGACGGUGGUGAUGGCGCUACGGAAAGAAGAGUGGAGGGAAGGAGACAGUUUUAUCAAGAUGGUCUUAACCCACCUCCGAAAGAGAGGACUGAUACGGUGACGUCGAGGGAUGUUGGGCCAAUGGGAGAAAUUGUUGAGUAA